UGCAAAUGUUUCCCUUCUUUUUAAUUGUGCCUACCUGUUUUCUAUGAAUUCAUUUGUAAUUCCUCGGUACUUUAAUGACACUCUCUUUGUUGAUGGAAAAGACCCACCAAUCAUUUUCAGCUUCCUGAGCAGGCGAGGCUGGGCACGACCAGGCUGAGCAAAAUGCCGCCUCUUCGGCGUUCAAGCUCAAACUUUUCAAUCAAGUCCAAAUUUUCUUCUCAUGGGCAAAGCGACAACUGGCAUCGGCAGGUAUCUUUUGAAGCUGGAGAUCAGCAUCCCGUCGGGUUGGGAUAUGUGCCCAAUGCCUCGUUCCCCUGGGCAGCCCUCCGUCGGAUCACCGAUAGUUACUUGAUCAAAAAGAGGGGGAAGAAUACGGUAGAGGAUCGUGACGCCUGUUUAGCGUUGCUCAUAAAGAAUCAUACAGCGAAGGACAUCGCAAUCGCGGCCUGUGGACAUGCAAUGUCACCAAAGUCCGUGCGAGACCUACUUGCCGGUGACCUCAACAUCAAACUAGGAGAUUCCUAUGGGCUUCCAUCCUACCUCCAAGCCAUCAUUGCUGCUAAUCAUGUCAAUGAGGGAGCGGUCAGUGCCCUCGAGGCGCGGAGGACGAUAGAGUUGAUGGCUUCAAAUUCUACUGUCCGGGACCUCCAGGCGUUGCUCCAGAUUUUGAUCAAUGGAGUUCCUGCCAACUUUCUCAUUCAUCCACAUAUCCAAACCUUGGUCGGAUUGGCAUGCGUCAAGUUUUCAACGCAACUCGAGGAGCUGCGAGGGCAACACCAGUGGCGGCGGGCUCAAAUAGCCACUGAAUGGCUUGGAAAUUUUGUUCAGAGGUCUGUUGAGUCGUUGCCGGAGAACCUGGAUGCCACUAAGCUUCUAUACGAAAACUUCCCGCACUGGCGUGCGUGGGCAAACUGGAGUCCUGAUUUGACACGAGUUGGCCGGUGGGAGCUUUUUUCCCCAGGUCAACGUCAGACCCUCUCGAAUGCACUUGUCUUGGAAGGGCCUGAUUUCGUCUACGACAGACAUGGAACUCUUCGGGAAGCAGUGGAAGCCAAAGGAUUCAUCCCAUCGCUUACUAGUCACUCAGUGGGUAGCCUAGUUUUUGAAGUGGGAAGGGGGAUGGCUCACGAUGUCCCGAAUAUGGUACAUCGUCUCUUGAACUUGGUCGAUGCUGCCGUCGUGAUGAGUGACAACGAUGACACGGCCAUACUCGCGUACUUUUGUAUCAGUCAAAGCGUUACAAACAAAAGACUGGAUUGUUUAGAAUGCCUGAGCCACUUGGGGGAUCCCUCGAUCAGUGCCCUAGUCUCCCAAGCAUAUCGGGCUCGAAAGGAAACCUGGGGUACCCAGAUGGCUGCAGUUAUGAGACUGCUCCCCAUUUUAGGGGUCGAACGUUGCAACUCCUUACGCAUUGCAAUUGGCCAUGACAUCGCAAGUUUCGUGAGAGGGACUCUUGAAGAAUUACAGAAGCGGCUACUAUCCCAGUUACGAUCUGGUCAGCCUUCGAGCGAUACAGAGACGCGGCUUCAAGCUUGUGGCGAUGGAUUGCGCAACACGCCAUGGCUAUGGCCUUCCCUCGACGAUGCAUUGGUUGAUUUGUUCAAAGACUGGCCAUCACCAGAAGACGUCGUGUGCCUUCAGUCUAUCCGAGACUUCGCGAAGACCUCCUCCGCUGGAAAUAUGUUGGAUGUAGUCAAGAAGGUCGAUGAUUACUUGGUCAACUGUCUCGUCAAGCGUGGUACGAUUAAUACAAGUACCAGAAUCCUGGUCAGGGCGUUGAUCAAACUCUGGAUACAAGCCCUCGACUCGGAUCGUCGCUUGCUGGCCCUCUCGGUGGUGCAAGGUCGAGUGAUCACCACGAACUUCCGCUGUCGCUGUUUGGAUCAGCUACCACUACUGCCGGAUGGAUUUGUUCACAGUCUUCGGAACAUAAUUCAAAAUCACGAUGAAGCUCCGGAACCAGCUUGCGUUGAUCUGACCACUCUCCUCACAACAACAGAACUAUCAGUGGUGACUUGCUGGCGCCCAGUCUUAAAUCGUAUGCUCAAGAAUCGAGGAGAGAAGCUCAUUGAUUACGCUUUGUCCAAUCUUAAAGCCAAAGAAUGGCUGCAAUUUCUCUUGGACCUGCGUCAGAUAUUUGGGGAAGAAGUGAACUCGGAUGCUACCACUUCUGCUCCGAUCUUGAAACCUCAGUUGCAUCGAUGGGCAAACAAUCUUGAUGGGUAUCUACCUGUCAUUUCUCAGCUAGAAGAAGAUGCCCGAUGCGGGCCCACUGUGCAGUGUAUUUUGGCUGGUGGUGAUGGGCUGCAUGGCCUCCUUGAGGACACAUUAGAGCGAGUUCUACUCCUCAUGCUGAAUGUGGAAGCUCAUUCGAAGCCCGUGAUGAUGGCAAUCAUCUCUCUCCUCAAACGCGAUGGAAGUAACGCUUUGGACAUAGCCGAUGCCUUGUCUUCUCUAGGCUCCGCCACUGAGGAAGGUCUAGAUGCAUGCUUGCAUGUCAUAGACUUUGUUCAAAAUAAGACCCGGGAGGUGGCUGAGGUCGUACUCACUGGGUGGUUGCAAGCACCCUCUUUAACAGUACUCGAUCAGAAAGCCCUUGAAUCCGUAGCCGAGGUACUGGGCAUACGCCCUAGCAGUAAGCAAGACUGGUCUGAAGCUGGCUUAGAGGUUGUGACAAACUAUCUCGAUGCGGAGUACGCAGAUCUUUUUGCGGAAGCCCAACGGCUAGAGGAGAUGCGUUUCCUAUUGAAGUCGCUUGACCCCCAAGGGACUUCUCAACUGCUUGCAAGUGUUGGCAUUGAAGAUAGCUCGGCUGUCGACGAUGCUCUUGCAAGUCUACCACCAGCACUUAUCAGUGUCGUCGAGAAAGUGGACGAUUUGAGAGUCGAAAUGCUCUUUCCAUUGACGCAUUUGACCCAGCCCCAACGGCUUCGUUUUGGUCUAGGCAUGGCUCAGAGUCUGUACCUUCAUUUUGUCGUCGCUGACGAUCCUGCAUUCUGCCUUCACUUGGACAGUGAGAUGAAGGGAAAACGGAGAGCUGGCCAUGCCACUUCCAUUCACGACCCUUGGCAGGUGAUUCCAGGUGGAGAAGGACCUGACCUUCCAAUUUGUCAAGGACACACUUCACCCGCGAAAUAUCAUCUUUCCCGAGCUAUCUCACGGCAUCUCACUGACGGCUUCAAAUCUCUCGAAGCAGUUCACGUUCUAGUGACAGCAGUUCUCCAGGACCUGGAUAAAGGCUGCAUCACCUGUGGACGGGAUCACGGUGUCAAAGUUAAGGGUCCCACGACGUGCUCUAACGCGGUGUGCAGAAAUGCCUUCCUCUCAGCAUCUCUCGAAAUUCAUCUAUGCCAGAUUAGGCAAGACCCUGCUGCCGUCGAUUGCCUCCUCUCUAUGGUGUACUCUGCUGCCUCAACUGGGAAUAUGCAACUGCUCCCAAACUGCCCAUUUAACAACACAGCCACAGUUCUUCAAAUCCUCAAUCUCCUCCCGUCGAUGUCUUCUCUCCAGAAUUCAGAUGGUAUGGCAGAAGUAAUACGAGGCUACAACCCGCAAGUAGAACAGCUGCUCAUCUGGGUCUGCACCGCCUGCCGCGGAUUCCUCUCCUCCGCCCAAGGAAAUCUUCGAAUUCCUUCCUUUCCAGCAGGUUCUCACCAAUUCUUGCUCUCGAAUCACAGCCCGGAACACGAAGCUGCAUUCUCUAGGCACAUUUCAGGCUGGAUUGGCUCCGCCCAAACCCGGGUUCUCUUCCACGGAACAUCACUAGAUCGCCUCUUUGCAAUCACCUGUCAGGGGCUCCAGGUCAUGUCCCACACACCACUGCAAGCCAAUGGCGCGGCGUCGGGAGCAGGAGUCUACUGCGCGACCGAGCCUUCGACGUCUUGGUCUUACUGCGGUGCGCAAGGAGUAGGCAACUGGCCUCAGAGCCAGUUCAGCAAUUUCCGAGUGCUUUUGGGACUUGAGAACGCGGGUCCCGGCGUGGGUGGCGGCGGAGUUCAUGUUGUGAGAGAUGCGACGACUUUGGCCGUCAGGUAUCUAUUUAUGAUGCCUGCUAGCAUCGGCGCGGUUCCCGUGGCGGCGCAUAUCACACCGGCAAUGUCGAGUGUUUAUGCGAGUUUGAGGUCGGGGGCUUUGUAGAUGGUUGGUGCCAUGAGAUAUAAAGGAUGAGGUGAUUAUGAUUUUUGAAGCGAAGCGAUGGAGUUAGGGGAGUUUGAUGGGAAUGAUGCGAGUGCAGAAUGCUUUCCCCCCAGGAUUUCAUGUUUACAUAUAUACCCCUAUUCACGAAUGAUGAAAACGAACCUUACAUCCGAAGCUCGAAUCUGCUCUGGGACUUGGCGCUGAAAGAAAGUACCGACGGUCGACCUCGUUUCGAGAAGAGAAUGAAACUUGUCUAAUCUCU